AUGCAUCUUUACAAUGAUGAAUACUACGUUGGAGAGCACUUCGGUGGCGUAAAAAUUGAUAAAAAGACAAAUGUAAUAUCUUCUGUCAAGGUUGUGGUGUUGUACUUUCGAACCGACAGACAGAACGAGGAGUAUUCUUCCGGUCUUCAACGGUAA